AUUACUGAGUUAGUAAGAUUACUUUCGACGUUCGUAAGGAAAAGUCAUUAUAAAAGUUUGAAAAUGGAACCAAAAGUAAAUUUAAAAAGAGACCCGGCGUUUCAAAAACUCCAGGAAUAUUACAAUGCCAACGGAAAUAAAAUCAACAUACAGCAACUUUUUCAACAAGAUGCGAACCGUUUUAAUAAAUACAGUCUUAUCAUCCCCACUCCUAAUGAUGGAGACAUUCUCUUUGACUACUCAAAAAACAGAAUCGAUGACACCACAUUUGCUUUGCUUCUAAAUCUAGCGAAGUCAAGAGAAGUAGAAAAAGCAAGAGAUGCUAUGUUUACAGGUGAGAAAAUAAACUUCACGGAAGACAGAGCCGUCCUGCACGUGGCGCUGCGAAACAGACAGAACAGACCGAUAUUGGUGAACGGAAAAGAUAUCACACCUGAUGUCAACGGAGUGCUGGCUCAUAUGAAACAGUUUUCACAGCAAGUUAUUGGUGGCUCGUGGAAGGGAUACACCGGCAAGUCAAUCACAGACAUUGUCAAUAUUGGUAUUGGUGGGUCAGACCUUGGACCGCUCAUGGUCACCGAAGCGCUGAAGCCAUAUGCUAACCAUUUGAAGGUACACUUUGUAUCAAAUAUCGACGGGACCCACUUAGCUGAGGUGCUCAAACGUCUGAACCCCGAAACAGCGCUAUUCAUAAUUGCAUCGAAGACUUUCACUACCCAGGAAACCAUCACUAAUGCUACUUCAGCGAAGGACUGGUUCCUGAAGGCAGCGAAAGAGCCGUCGGCCGUGUCCAAACAUUUCGUCGCGCUCUCGACGAACUCCGAGAAGGUGACCGCGUUCGGGAUAGAUCCCGACAACAUGUUCGGAUUCUGGGACUGGGUGGGAGGAAGGUACUCCCUGUGGUCUGCCAUCGGUCUGUCCAUCGCGCUCUACAUCGGCUUUGAUAACUUCGAGAAGCUUCUAGACGGGGCCAAUUUUAUGGACGAACACUUCACAACAGCGCCACUAGAGAAAAAUGCCCCGGUGAUACUGGCGCUGCUGGGGGUGUGGUACGGCAACUUGUAUGGCGCGGAGACUCACGCCCUCUUGCCCUACGACCAGUACUUACACAGGUUUGCCGCGUACUUCCAACAAGGAGACAUGGAGAGUAACGGCAAGUACGUGACACGUGCGGGCGCCGCCGUGGACUACAGCACCGGGCCCGUGCUGUGGGGGGAGCCCGGGACUAACGGACAACACGCCUUCUACCAGCUCAUACACCAGGGGACCAGGUUGAUCCCGUGCGACUUCAUCGCGGCCGCGGUGAGCCACAACCCGCUCUCGAACAACGCCCACCACAAGAUACUCCUGGCCAACUUCCUGGCGCAGACAGAGGCCCUCAUGAAGGGCAAGACGGAGGAUGAGGCAAAAUGUGAGCUGGUGAAGUCGGGAAUGUCUGCGGAAGCCAUUGAAAAGAUCCUGCCACAUAAAGUAUUUGUGGGGAACCGGCCCACUAACUCUAUCGUGGUGAAGAAAGUGACGCCCUUCACACUGGGGGCCCUUAUCGCUAUGUAUGAGCACAAAAUCUUUACCCAGGGUGUGAUCUGGGACAUCAACUCAUUCGACCAAUGGGGCGUCGAGCUCGGCAAACAAUUAGCCAAAGCUAUUGAACCAGAACUGCAGGACAACAAACCGGUGACAUCUCAUGACGCCUCCACGAACGGCCUCAUUAACUUCUUGAAAAAAAACUUUUAAGAUCCCUUCAUACUCACUAUAUUUUGCAGACCGUAGGCCACAGCACGGAUCUUGAGUUACAACUAGAACAAUGAUGUCACCACCCUUUAUACUUCGGUGAAAUCAGUGACACCGCUCGAGGCCGUGCCUGGGCCUACAAUAUUAUAUAACUAUGUCAAUCCUAUGUUGUAGACAUAUAAAUUUUCUAAUUAUGUGAUGGUGUAUUAUUUAAUUAUUGGCUAUUUAAAAUAUUAUAAUUAUUAUCUUCUGCAUCGAACACACUGUCAGGUCCUGCAUGUCUGGGCAAUAGACAAUCCAUCCAACCAAUUAAAAACAUUAUUAUUAUAUUAUGUAUAUUCUUUACAUAGUUAAAUAUUGAUUUAAAAAUUUUUUAUUUAAAAAAUAAAGAAUCGAUGAAAAAUAUUUAAUUUGGUCUAGUGUUAAAGGUCACGAAAUUCUGCAUGUGUUGUCCUUAAUUUUAAAUUGUUAGGUGUUGUCACUGUUAGGGGUAAUAAGUUAUAGAUAUAUAUAAAUAUAAAUUGCUGUUGCUUGAUUGUUGUAAGAUUAUUUUAAUGUUAUGCUUUAUUGUGAGAGAUAAUUAAAAUUUUAUUUGAA